AUGGUAGAAGUGUUGGCAACCGGCACAACCGUACCCCAGGAUAGGAUCAAACUGUCCCAGCGGUGGCUCUCGUACCUCCACUUUGUACCUAACGCCCUGCUUAUGAGAGAUGCGCUGCACUAUGAGAAGAGUUUCAAAUCCGUGGAUCACCAACAACAUCUUCCUCGGACCUACUUCUUCCUCCUAAAUAGCACCACUCAUAACAUCGUAUCACCUAUCCCCCAGAAUAUCGUAUCCUACAAAUGA